AUGAGUGACAGAACAUACCAGCUAGCGAACUUGAAGUCUACUCUCGCGGAUAGCACGUCAGGCUACGCCCUGUUUCGGAAAUCAUACACUCAAUUCCUCCUGACUGUGGCGACGGACUCAAAUUUGUUAGUCGAGCAAUCUAGUGACAGCCUUGGUGUAUCUUUUCCUCGAUUGAUGAGUGUGAAAUGGUCCGGGUUUGCGUGGUUUGCUGUUUGUGACAUGGUUCUGGCACUUUUGCUGGGGACGGCACCCAUAGCGGAGUAUGGGUACAGCGGUGCAUAUGACUUCGGACGGCAUGAGUACGAGUGGACGUAUGGAAUUCCGGCUGCGAUGCUUCAGGUUAUCGCCCGAUUCAACUCCUGGAGGGCUGGCUCGAGGGUUGCUCUGGACAACUGA